UAACAUUAGUGUGCACGUUCAUAGUGGGAUCCUUCAAGCUGACUUCUGGCUGUAUUUAAACUUUUGAAGCCAUGGGAGUAAAGGUCCAGAGACCUCGUUGCUUUUUUGACAUAGCCAUCAACAAUGUACCUGCUGGAAGAGUGGUCUUUGAGUUGUUUUCAGAUGUGUGUCCAAAGACAUGUGAGAAUUUUCGCUGCCUUUGCACAGGUGAAAAGGGUACAGGAAAAUCCACCCAAAAGCCAUUGCAUUACAAAAGUUGUCUGUUUCACAGGGUAGUGAAAGAUUUCAUGAUCCAAGGAGGUGACUUCAGCGAAGGAAAUGGCAGGGGAGGAGAAUCCAUUUAUGGUGGCUUUUUUGAAGACGAAAGCUUUGCUGUUAAGCACAACAAGGAAUUUCUCCUUUCAAUGGCCAACCGAGGGAAAGAUACAAAUGGUUCACAGUUCUUCAUAACAACUAAACCUACGCCUCACUUAGAUGGACAUCACGUUGUUUUUGGACAAGUCAUCUCAGGUCAAGAGGUUGUGAGAGAAAUAGAAAAUCAGAAAACAGAUGCAUCUAGUAAACCAUAUGCUGAAGUACGCAUACUGAGUUGUGGGGAGUUAAUUCCGAAAUCCAAAGCCAAGAAAGAAGACAGAAAAAGACAUAAAUCGUCCUCUUCAUCCAGUGAUUCAGAAAGUUCAAGUGAUUCAGACUCUUCUUCUGAUUCAUCAUCGGAUUCUGAGAGUGCUUCUGAAGAGAAAUCCAAGAAAAGAAAAAAGAAACACAAGAAAAAUUCCAGAAAACAUAAGAAAGAAAAGAAAAAGAGAAAGAAAAGCAAGAAAAGUUCAUCCAGUGAAAGUGAAGAUGAAAACCCCGAAGCACAACCGUUAUCCACUGUCCGUCCUGAAGAAAUUCCUCCUAUACCUGAAAAUCGGUUCCUCAUGCGGAAAAGUCCUCCUAAAGCAGAUGAGAAAGAAAAAGAAAGGAAAAGCAGAGAGAAGGAAAGAGAAAGUAAUCUAUCAAAUUCCCAGUCAACAUACCAGAGAAGGCUGUUAGUGACCAGAUCUGGAAGGAAAAUAAAAGGAAGAGGACCAAGGCGUUACCGGACACCCUCCAGAUCCAGGUCAAGAGAUCGAUUCAGGCGCAGUGAGACUCCUCCACAUUGGAGGCAAGAAAUGCAGAGAGCUCAAAGAAUUAGAGUGUCCAGUGGAGAAAGAUGGAUAAAAGGGGACAAGAGUGAAAUAAAUGAAAACAAGAAAGAUAAUCAAAAAAGCCCAGGAAGAGGAAAGGAGAGAAAAAUAUCAGACCACAGACAAGUUUCUGAAAGUCCAAGCAGAAGAGGAGAAAAGGAGAAGAAAAAAGAUCAUAAAUCAAGCAGCAAAGAUAGAGAGACAAGACGGAAUUCAGAAAAAGAUGACAAGCAUAACAAAAGCAAGGCCAAGAAGAGAGCUAAGUCCAGAAGCCAUAGCAAAAGCCGGGAGAAAUCAAAAAGUAAAGAAAGAGACUCCAGGCACAACAGACAUGAUGAAAAGAGAGCAAGAUCAAGAAGCAAAGAGAGGGACCAUGAGAAAGGCAGAGAAAAGGAAAAACGUUAUGAUUCUAGAGGAAGAGAUAAAGAAAGAAGUAGGAGCAAGGAAAGAAGUAGAAGGGCAGGUUCGAGAAGUAAUGAAAAAGAUCAUAGUAAGAGUAGAGACAGGGAUAAACACAGGUCAAGAAGCAAAGAUCGUGAACAUGGGAGAGGAAAACAUAGCUCCAGCAGUAGAACACGGGAGAGAAGCAAAAGCAGGGACAGGGAUAGGAGAAGAAGAUCUAGAAGUAGAGACAGAGAUCGCAGUAGAAGUAAAGAAUAUUCAAGAAAUAGAGACCGGGAUAGAGAUAGAGACCGAGAUAGGGAUAGAGACCGGGACCGAGAUAGGGAUAGAGACCGAGACCGAGAUAGGGAUAGAGACCGGGAUAGAGACCGGGACCGAGAUAGAGACCGGGAUAGAGACCGAGACCGAGAUAGAGACAGAGAAAGAAGAAGAGGAAGAUCAAGAAGCAGGGAAAGGAGAGGCACACCAGAUAGAUAUAGGGGAAGAGAAAGCCGGAGGAGGAGAGAAUCGAGGAGUUCAGAGAGAGAGGAUAGUCAAAGCAGAACCAGGGAUAGGUAUUCAAACAGAGAAAGCAGAAGCUCUCAUAGGAGGAAUGAUAGUGAAAGCCAAAGGAGGAGGCGUUCAAAGAGCCGUGACAGUAGCAGUCCUGAAUCCAGCAGAGAUAAGAAGUCUAGCAGAGAUCACGAUAGAAGUCCAGACUCAAAAAAGAGACCAAGUAGUAAAGAGAGAGAAUCAAAAAAAUCAUAUUCACGCAGGAGCAAAGAAAAGGAGAAGUCACCAGAAAAAGAAACAAACCAAAAAUCAGAGAGUCAGGAAAGAGAUGAAGCCCAGAAUAAGGAUAAAAAGUCUGAUCAUGAAACAAGUCCUGGAACAGAUGAUGACCGGCAUGGAUGAGUUUGUGGACUUAAUGUUUCCAUUGUCUCAAAGUUUUAGAGACAUUUUGGGGAACGCUUUUUUUAAGAUGUGGACUUCAGUUUGGUCUUUUGAUAAUCUAAAACCUGGAUCAUUUGUACUGCUAAAGUUUUAAUAAACUUGAAAUGAAAAACACAUUCAAUGUGUAAUACAGUGUGCUGUGUUUUAAAUAUUUAUUUUAUGUAUCCUGGUGUGUUUUCAGGUAGGAAAGCAACUUCUGUGCCGGUUUAUUUUCUACCUAUGAACUUAGAAAUUUGUGCAAACAAUCGCUGCCUGCAAAGAAGUGUUUCAUGUGUGAAGGAGAAAGCUGCAAAUGUGCUACAUGUCUUUUUAAUGCUAGUGAAAUUACACAAGGUGACCUUUACUCCUACCUGCUGCUAUACUCAUAUUUUAGUAUGUAGAAAACCUGAGGAAAUGAAUUUUUUUUUGUUUGUUUGUUGUCUGGUGAGCCAGUCUAAGUAAAUCUUCACCAUUCGCACUGUCAGCUGUAGAACCCAUUCGUGCACGAGGGCAGUUGCCCGUGUUCGGGAAUUAUUUCUUUG